AUGUCUAAUAUACGAAUUCUCGUCGGCUGCAAACGUGUGAUUGACUAUGCAGUAAAGAUCCGUGUAAAUGCCGCUCGUACCGCGGUUGAGACCAAUAAUGUCAAACAUUCUCUAAACCCAUUUGAUGAAAUUGCCGUGGAAGAAGCAGUUCGUAUCAAACAGCGUCUUCCGUCCCGUGUAUCAGACAUUCUCGCAAUCUCGUGUGGAUCCGCAAAAUGUGCAGAAGUUCUAAGAACUGCAAUGGCCAUGGGAGCUGAUAGAGCUAUACAUGUAGAGGCGGACGAUAGCACGUUGCAGCCGUUGGCAGUAGCCAAGUUAUUUAAGGCAAUAAUUGAAAAGGAAAACUCGAAUUUGGUAAUUCUUGGAAAGCAGGCUAUUGAUGACGAUAGCAAUCAGACGGGGCAGAUGCUGGCAGGAUUAUUGAGCUGGCCACAGAUUACUUUCGCAUCAAACGUAAACAUUGAGGAUGAUGCUCUAAAAGUUACCCGCGAAGUUGAUGGAGGUUUGGAAACACUAAGCAGUAAACUUCCAGCCGUAAUCACAGCCGAUUUGCGACUUAAUGAACCACGCUUCGCCACUCUUCCCAAUAUUAUGAAAGCCAAAAAGAAAUCUCUCGUCACAUACACCCCUCAAGAUCUCGGUGUAGAUAUAACUCCUCGUUUAGAGGUGCUUUCCGUGACUGAACCGCCACCUCGACAAGGAGGCGGUACAGUUGAAAGCGUUGAUGAGUUGAUUUCUAAACUUAAGGAAGUUGGAGCACUCUAA